AUGGAAUUGACUCGAGAAAAUUCAAGAGCAAUGAUUUAUUAUGACUAUCGAAGUGGUUUAACACAAAAACAGUGUGUUGACCGGAUGAUUUCUGCAUUUGGUAAUGAAGCCCCAUCUAAAACCACAAUUUAUCGCUGGUUUGCUGAAUUUCAACGUGGACGUGUCAAGCUCAGUGAUGAUUUCCGUCAAGGUCGUCCAAAAACUGCAGUCACCCAAGAAAACGUUGAUGCUGUGCGUAAGCUGAUUAAGGAAGAUCGACAUGUGACAUACCGCGAAAUUCAGGCAACAUUAGACAUUGGCAUGAGUCAAAUACAAAUAAUCUUGCAUGAACAAUUAGGUGUAAAAAAGUUGUUUUCCCGAUGGAUACCGCAUUCGCUCUGUGAAGAGCAAAAAGCGGCUCGCGUUACUUGGUGCGUCAGAACUCUCAAAAAAUUCCACGCAGGAUUCUCAAAUGCUGUAUACAACAUCGUAUCAGGUGACGAAUCCUGGAUAUACGCGUACGAACCCGAAACAAAAAACCAGUCACGAGUUUGGGUGUUCGAAAAUGAGUUAAAGCCAACAAAAAUUGUUCGUUCACGGAGUGUUCCGAAAAAAAUGGUAGCCACGUUUGUCUCCAAAACCGGCCAUGUUACGACUAUUCCUCUUGAGGGACAAAGAACGGUUAAUGCAGAAUGGUAUGCUAGCAUUUGUUUGCCACAGGUUGUUUCUGAACUCCGUAAAGAGAAUUGCAACCGCCGCAUCAUCCUCCAUCACGACAAUGCGAGUUCUCACACCGCCCAUAGAACAAAAGAGUUUUUAGAGCAAGAAAACAUAGAAUUAUUGGACCAUCCACCGUACAGCCCCGACCUGAGCCCUAAUAAUUUCUAUACUUUCCCUAAAAUAAAGAAUAAAUUGCGUGGACAGAGAUUUUCAUCACCUGAAGAAGCUGUGGACGCCUACAAAACGGCCAUUUUGGAAACCCCAACUUCCGAAUGGAAUGGUUGCUUCAAUGGUUGGUUCCAUCGUAUGGAAAAAUGUGUCAAAUUUGGCGGAGAAUACUUCGAAAAGCAAUAA